CUUCUCCCAAAACGCCAAAUCGCCGAUCCAACUCUCCCUUCCCCUUCCGUUUCCCUCCUCCGUUCACCCCCUAAAUCGCCGCCGAUCCAACUCCAAAUCGCUCCCUCACGAUAUAAAUCACACCCACACCACAGCCGCCGCCGCCGCCGCCGUGUCACUCCUCUCUCAGCAAAUGAACUAGCUCCAGCUCUGCUCCGGUGCAAAGCUUCCACCUCCAGGAGAUGGAUCCGAGUGCUUGUAUGAACGCCUACUGCGGCAGCUCGAGCUCGAUCGAAUGGAAGAAAGGCUGGGCUUUGCGAUCUGGUAGAUUCGCCAAUCUAUGUCACAAGUGCGGGUCGGCAUACGAGCAAUCUGUUUUUUGUGAUGUUUUCCAUUCAAAAGAAUCCGGUUGGAGGGAGUGUGCUCAAUGUGGAAAGCGUCUUCAUUGUGGGUGCAUUGCUUCUAGGAGUCUGCUUGAUUUCCUUGAUGGUGGUGGUGUCAAGUGUACACACUGCACGAAAAAUUCGGAACCUCACCCUAUUGCAAGUGAUGAAAAGCCUGAUGGACCCGGCACAUCCAAAAUCAGUGAGCUGAAAUCAACUCCUUCAGACAAUCACUUGGAUAGAAGCAAUGUUGAUAAUGUGAAGCUUAUCCAGUUGGAAAAUGAUAAAGAGUGUAAUGGGCUCAGGAACUUGCUUCAAUCUCAGAACAAUGAAACAGUUGGGUUAUUGCAGAAAAUGAAGCAGGAUGAUGUUCCAGCACCUGUGGUUGAGAUUGGAGGCACAGGUCUGUCAAUAUUUAAUCAGACAUCCAAUGUAUCGUCUGAAGGUUGUAAACCAGUAAUUUAUAGAGGAAACUUAGGAAUAAAUGAUAUGUAUGAAUCACUGCCGCACACAAAUUUGAGUAUGAGCCUGGGUGCACCUUCAGGAUAUGCAAAUCCUUUUCCUGGUAUCGUUGUUGACGAACACACUAGGACAUCCUCCCUGUUCUUACAGGGAGCUAGGUCUCGUCAUCUUUUACCCAAGCCCCCAAAGUUGGCCCUUGCCACAGGUUUGGAGGAAAAUUCUACAAUGGCUUCACAGUCACGUGUUGCACGGCCACCUGCUGAAGGACGGGGGAGGAAUCAGUUACUUCCCCGAUACUGGCCCAGGAUCACGGACCAAGAGUUACAGCAAAUAUCUGGAGAUCCAAAUUCCACAAUUGUACCGUUGUUUGAAAAGAUGCUGAGUGCCAGUGAUGCUGGUCGUAUUGGUCGUUUGGUGCUCCCUAAAGCAUGUGCUGAAGCGUAUUUUCCUCCUAUCUCUCAACCCGAGGGCCUUCCUUUGAGGAUUCAAGAUGUUAAGGGAAAGGAAUGGGUGUUUCAGUUCAGAUUCUGGCCUAACAAUAACAGUAGGAUGUACGUGUUAGAGGGUGUAACCCCUUGCAUACAGUCGAUGCAGUUGCAAGCUGGAGAUACUGUGACAUUCAGUCGUAUGGACCCUGAAGGAAAGCUUAUUAUGGGGUUUCGAAAGGCAUCUAAUUCAGCUUCAAUGCAGGACACCCAUCUUUCUGCCAUUCACAAUGGCGCUCACUCAAGUCAAACUUUCUUUUCGGGUGUUAUUGAGAACCUUCCUGUAAUAAGUGGUUACUCUGGUCUUCUUCAGUCAACGAAGGGCAUGGAUCCGCAUCUAAGUGCACUGUCCAAGCAAUUGACUACAGCUCAUGGUGAUCUGAGCUGGCAUAAAUCUGAAAAUCCUGAAAGCAGGGCAAGGGAAGGCUUGCUGCUGCAAUCAUUAGUGGUUCCGGAGAGAAAAAGAACUAGGAAUAUUGGGUCUAAGAGUAAAAGGUUGCUCAUUGAUAGCCAAGAUGUUCUAGAGGUGAAGCUUACUUGGGAAGAGGCUCAGGAUUUACUUCGUCCUCCUCCAGCUGUUAACCCAAGCACUGUCAUGAUCGAGGAUCUUGAAUUCGAAGAAUAUGAAGAACCUCCUGUGUUUGGCAAAAGGAGUAUUUUCAUAGUCCGGUCAACUGGGGAACAUGAGCAAUGGGCUCAGUGUGAUGGUUGCUCUAAAUGGCGAAGGUUGCCAGUUGAUGUGCUACUUCCAUCUAAGUGGAUGUGUACAGACAAUGUUUGGGAUCAAAACAGGUGUUCGUGCUCUGCACCAGAUGAAUUAACCCCUAAGGAACUGGAAAGUUUUCUCAGACUGAGCAAGGAAUUCAAGAAAAGGAGAAUGGCAACAAACCAUAAUCCAACCCAGGAACAUGAAUCUUCUGGGCUUGAUGCUUUGGCCAAUGCUGCAAUACUCGGAGACAAUGUGGCUGACCCAGGAACUGCAUCAGUUGCUACAACAACAAAACAUCCCAGGCAUCGUCCUGGCUGCUCAUGCAUUGUGUGCAUCCAGCCCCCAAGUGGGAAGGGCAAGCAUAAGCCUUCAUGCACGUGCAAUGUGUGCAUGACAGUUAAACGACGUUUUAAAACCCUAAUGAUAAACAAGAAGAAACGUCAAUCAGAACGUGAAGCAGAGAUUGCCGGUAGAAACCAGCUUGCAUGGGGUCCUAGGGAUGAUGCAGAAGUAGACAGCACUUCUAGGCAUCUAUCAUCACACCUUGAUCCUUCAGACAACGAAGCUAAGUCUCCAAAUGAAUUAGAAUCUAAGAGCCAACUUAAAAUGGCCGAAAGUGGGAAGGGAAAGUUAGACUUGAAUUGCCAUCCUGGCCGAGAAGUAGACUUGCCAGCGGAGCCAAGUCAGUUGAGCAUGAUGUCCCUUCUUCAAGUAGCAACGCUUCCUCUAGAUAGUUAUUUGAAACAAACCGGUCUUACCAGCUUGGUAACUGAACAGCAGACAAGCUCAUCACCUCCUGUGCCACCACAAGCGACCGAGGAGAAUGAGGAACAGCUUAAUGGGGAUCAAUGUCUUGUUUCUAUUGUUCAAGAUCAGGAAAGUGGAGGUGAAGAAAGGCAGGAUCAAAGCCAAGAGGAUCCUCUAUGAUAAAGUUCACGCUACCCUUCCUUAUUUGCUUCUUCCUUGUAUAAUACUGGACUACAGAGGUCAUUUUGGUUUGGUUGGUCUUAUAUGUUUCUUUGGCUGAGAGUGUGAAUGUGAGAUUACAUUACAAAAUAGGUUGUAUGAUAUACACUCAAUUGUAUUUAUAAAUACAACAAAGUAAGAUAUAACUUUCAAUUUUUUUCGUUC